AUGGCGGUGCCGGUAUUCUUUGAGCUGAGUUGGUCGAUUCUGUUCACCAUCUGUAUGGGAAAUGUCUUUCUCGGGUGUCUAGUAUGUGGUAUCACCAGCUGGACGAUGCUGGCGGCAGUGCCCAUGUUUUCGUCGGCAGCUGGAGCCAUUGCCAAUGGGCUGUGUUAUUACGUCUAUUAUCAGCAACAUCCACCGAUAUACACCGCGAUAGCAUCGGUAUUCGCAGACAUUUUCUGGCUGCUCCAAGAAGCCGGUCUCUUGUUUUAUAGUUACAUCAUUCUCAAACGAGUCCUCCGUGGAACACGAUGGAGAGUAUUCGCAUCGCUCUUCUGGACUGGCAUUGCAGGUAUCGUCAUGGUUCGAAUCGUCAUCAUCGCCUUCCGAGUCCGCUCUAUCCUCAACCAGAACAACGAUUUGUUAAUGACUAUCAACCAUAUUCAUAUCGGCUACUUCGGUCUUAUUGCUCUGCUCGAAUGCCUCAGUGCAUAUUUCCUCAUGGUGCUCUUCACCUCAGCCAAGGCUUCAUCUGCCGAAAUCGCUCGCAGUGGUGGUCUUUUCCAAUACUUGGCUCGAAGCACAGAGAUGAGAGUCGCACUUUUGGCAUUGCAGGGUGUGCUUCGUGCAGUCACACAUUCCUUCAAGACUUCUGGCCAAACGGCUGAGAACAUUGCUACGCAACUGGAUCGCUUCUUCUAUGCCAUCUUCUGUAUUUAUUCCAUGGUCUUGUACAUCGAUCUUCUUUCUUCCAAACUCAAAUUCGGCGGGGGUAGUCAAGAUUACCCCUCCUCACGAGAUCGCUACGGCCACCAGAACAGUCAUCAGAACCAUUUCACUUCUACCCAGAAGGAUGACUUUGGCCAGAGUAGGUCUGAACAUGUUGUCGGAGUGAAUGGAGGAAAGUCCAAGACACGAAGUGACUCAACCGACCAAAUCAUAGAGUGCGGUUCAUCCCAAGGUGAUGAGUCGAUUAAGCUUGAUGAUAUGGACCUCAAGGGCAAUGUCAUUAAGAAGACUGUUGAGUUUAGAGUGGUCUAA